CGGGCUGCGGUCGGUGGUAGGGGGAAAGCGUGCUCUCGUACGGUGCGGAUACCGUGAGGUUGGCGUGGUUUCGUGGCUGCCUGCGGGAGGAGCUGCGUGGAUCGCUUCUGAGAAGGCCCCAUGUGCGCCAUGGAGCUGCAGGAGGACCGUGCUGAAAGCAACCAGCAGCGCUUCGCGCGCGGCUCCCUGCUCUGCCCUCGUUCGCGGGAAGCCCAGCAAAGCACCAGCGGGGGCCUUGCAGCGUUAUCCGAGGAAAGCUUGCCUUACUUGAGUACGUCUUUAGAUGCUGCUGUUGACGUGUAUGACGUGAGAGUGAGAACCUGCAGCGCCGAGGCAGAUGAAAGCCAGAAAGAAGCUGGCGUGCUGAGGUCGGCGUGGGCUGGUGGUACGUGGUGCAGCUGCGGGGUUUGUGAUGCUGGGAGUCACCUCCGUGUGGGUGAAGAUUCACAGCUGGAGUACAUCAGUGCAAACGAGGAAGGCUUUGGUGAUGGGAAUAGCUCAAGCGAGCUGUCUGAGCAAAGGGAAGCUGUAGGAAAGGAAGCCCUAGUGGCAGUAGAUCCAGUUCAUGACGUUGCAGGUGGCGGAGCUGCAAAAGAACAAAAUCUUUCUGACUCUACUUCUGAGUGUUGUACAGCUAUGCCAGAGCUUCCCCAGCUGCUCCAGGACUCUCUGCCUGUUGGCAGUGGCACAGUUUGUGGUAGUAAGGAGAAGCAGGCAGCAUCUCUUAGUGGUCUUACUGGAAGUGUGCUUGAAAGUCACGCAUACGGGAGUAGAGGAAGGAGUUAUCCAAAUCUGCUUGCACCUGACCGUGCAGAGGUGGAAGAUGCUUCCUUAUGUGGUGGUGCACAGCCCAAACAGAACGACAGAUGUGUUCACAGCAACUUAGUGGAGCAAGGAAGCCCUUUACUGUCACCGAGGGAAAGGGCCCAAGCAACAGCCACACAGGUCAGCAAAAGUGCAGGGGACUCUGAUUUUUACAGUUGUGAGGAACCCCUCCUGUGCAUGCGUGGUGCCAGCUGUGCUUACUGCGCUUCGAAGGGGGAUGAGAAGCAGUGUCCAGUCCCUGCAGUUCUCACUAGCAAAGAUCUCAGUUCUGGGGAGGAAGCUGCAGGGAAAUCUUGCAGUGCAAAUACCGCUGCCUCUCUCAACUUGGAGUGUUGUGAAAGCUUGGUAAAUGUGGUCAGUAAUUCUAAAAUUAACCAGGCUGUCGAUGCAAGUUCUGAUUUUAGAGUUUGCUUUACAACCAGCAGAAGUACCAGUGCUCAAGUUCCUCUCUUAUCCAGGGCAAUUAAUACAGAGAUCACAGUGAUGAACAAAUUCAGACAUGUGGGUUGGCUUGGGGAGACUUGUGCCAGUGUUGCUCGCAGUACAGACUGGCUGUCUGGGACUGGUCCUACAGAGGAAAUGGGGUCACAGCUUGCUGAUGUGCACCAGGAUGGCAGUGCUGCAGCGAAUGAAAGAAGUUCACAAGUCAAGGAACAGUGGGAAUCCAAAACUGAGUCGUGUAACAGCAGUGUAAAGAUAAAGGCUGACAGGCCAGCAGACCUCAACAAAGAAGCUGUGAAGGAUUCUGUGUCUGUCUGUCAAAAUCUACUGCAGAGAGCUAUUGAAGCAGAAUUGCAGGUUCUAAACGCUCACUACCAGAUGUGCUAUCAGCACUGCUUGAAGAUCCACAAACUGGCUUUGGAGGAAAAUGCAUGUUUUAGCAGAAACCACGGAAAUACCUCUGCUAAUACUGAAUCAGGUUCCUCUGUCACGUCAGUUUUGGAAGAGCUGAAGAAGACUUACAACAGUAUGAGAGCAAAAAUACAAGCGGGCACACCUUUGAGCGCACUUCCACCACUGUCAGUGGAGAUAAAGUUAUUGCCAAUUGUUUCUUCCUAUGUCCCAUGCAAGUUAUUCAGGGAGGAACUUUGCCCUGGUUCUGUUUCAGGCAUGAGAAAGGCAGGUUUUGAAGCUUCACCAUUGCAAGAAAUCAUAACUCCUGUUAACGUGGAGAGUGCACAGCCCACAUGUUUAACUGACAGCCAGCAGCCCAGUGACUCUGCUUCUUCCAAGAUGUCCCAAGAGCAGCUUGAAAAGCAGGGCGUGCAGCACGGACAUGUGAGAAACAAAGAGCGGAAUGAAUGUUGGUUUGAUGCUAAGGAGGACUUCACAGGAACAGACCUUUCUGGAGAAUCUGAAGAAGUGGGGAAGUGCCAAGAGAAACAAGACACGGUUGGUUUGAGAGAAGCAAAGAUAACGGAGGGUGCAAAUGAGUGCUCCUUUGUUUGUGUUGGUGGCUUGAGUUCUUCGGUGUCAGAGGGUGACCUGAGAUUGCAUUUCCAGAAGUACCAGAUCUCUGUCCUGCUCUGUGGAGAUUCUGAUAACCACAGGUGUGCAGUUCUUGGCUUUAAAGACGCCUCUGCAGCAAAGUUAGCAGUGGAAGAAAUGAACAAGACAAAAAUUAAAGGAAAACCAAUAAGUGUGGAGCUUGUCAAUAAUCCAUCGGAGAACAGAUCUUCGGCUUCCCGAAUCCUUGGGAAGAAGCUUUGGAGUGAAGCUCUCUCUGUUGCUAGCAGUGCUAGCUGUGAUCAGAAUGAAACACUGCCAUCAGCCCCUGGUUCUGUGGAAGCACCUGGCACCUCUCCUGCUUCUCUGAAGGUGCCUCUCCUGCCCAGGGCUUCUUCACCAGCUCCUUGCUCUACACAGUUGCCUUCAGAAGCAAAGUGCCCCAAAUCCUCUGCUGAAGACUCCGUAUGUUUUCUGUUUGCAGUUAAUCAGAAGGAUGCUGGAGAGAAUUCCCUGCCAAGAGCACCUGCUGCGCCUCUCUCCGCUAACUCGUCAGAAGCCUUUAUGUCUCCUAACGCAUUGAACUUGAGCAGUUUUGCCAAAUUAAUGAAGAAACUUAAAGCCAUUCAUCCAGAAGCUAGUAGAGACACAAUCGUGGAUGCUCUGCUGGAGGUGAGGAAGAACAAUAAUGGUGUCCUGAGUGGUUUGACCAUCAGCUCCAUUACGCAGAGGGCCUCUGCAAUCCUAAGGAAAGCAACGGCUGCUGGUACAGGGAAAGCAGUGUCAAUCAGUGAUGUAAUGAAGAACUGAACGCUUCACAUGACAGAUUUUUGCAGUCCAGCUCGCUCCGGGAUUGUUCUGUAUUUCUUGUUGGUUUGAUUUUGGUAGAGCUUUGUGAAAACUCGCUUAGCGUUGCUGCAUGGUUUGCAGUUUUGUUUGACAGAACGUUGCCUCAAGGUCUUUUGAGAGUGGCUUUGUGUGCAGGCAGAUGGUAAGUAGUUCUCCCCUGUCUGGUCGUUCAGUGCAUUUCUCUGAGGUUGAAGGCUCCCAUAGCAGACUUCUCAUAGCAGCAGCACUUCUCUGUGCUGAAGCACGCAGCCCCGGCUCGUGGUGCUGCUCCGUGUCAGCGAUAGCUGCAAUGCUAUCAAACAGCCGGCAACAACCAUUCCAAAUAUUGUGCAGAAAUGUCAGGCAUCCUUUUCAUACAAGGCAGGGCAGGACAGGCAGCAAGGCCCAGCUUGGAGAACACGCAGUGCUGGUUGCGUGAACCCAGUGCUGCAGUGGCUGCUCGCAGCAGAGCCGUGCCCUGCAGAGCUGGGCCUGUCAGACUUCCUUUUGCAUGCUGCAGCACAGCACAGGGGAAAGCCUCUCCUGGCCAUGCUCUCCCUGAGGUCUGCUUCGGUGUGAUGCAGGAGCACCCAGCCUUUUGUUUGCAUGUGGAGCUGCUCCCAGGGUUUUCCAUCCUCUUCUGGCAGCUGAGGCGUGUGCCUGCCAUGGUGGCCACUGAUGGCCGAGUGCUGUGGUACCGUGCAUCACAUCGCACCUCCGUCCCUCGGCUGGGCUUUGCCCUGCCUCCUUACGGUGAAUAAAGGUUGCGAUGCCUUCCUCCCAGAGUUGUCCUGCUCUUUUGCUGUUUCCAAAUCUCACCCGUUUUGUCUCCCCUCAACAGAACCGCGGCGGCAAUCGAUUCCCCAGGGCCCGGCGCUGCGCUGCCAGGCGCCGCUGCUGGUUCGUCCUGAAGCCGCAGCUCAGGCCUCCGCUUUGCUUUCCGCCCCGCGUGCGCCCAGCUGAGCGCAGCGGCAGGCUUUGCCCUAGCGCGCUGCUAACGGCGCUCGCUGCCCUCUGCGCUCCCUAAUUUUGCGAUUAGGCGGGCGCGAUGCUUUACAGAGGGCGGCGUGCUGCUGCGAUGACGGAGAGGGAU